AUGCAUGAUGACAGCAAUCAAAUUACCGAUGAGCAACGUCUUUUACGUCAUCUACUCAGCCAGUACGAGAAAGCAGUAAGGCCUGUGAGAAAUGCUUCCAAUACAGUGGUGGUAAGGAUGGGCAUGACAAUGACCAAUAUUUUCGAUAUGGAUGAGAAGAAUCAAGUGUUAACAAUAAAUGUCUGGUUAGAUCAAGAAUGGAAAGAUGAAUUAUUGGUUUGGGAUCCGAAUGAAUUUGGUGGAAUUGAAUCCGUUCGGGUACCUUGCGACUUAAUAUGGCUUCCUGAUAUCGUACUUUAUAACAACGCAGACGAUUACACAAUUGGCUCCAUGAAUUCACGUGCCAUAUUAUUUUACGAUGGGACCGUUUUCUGGCCUCCGCCAACGCAACUUCGUAGUACUUGUAAAACUGAUGUUACCUAUUUUCCAUUCGACAGUCAACACUGUACAAUUAAAUUUGGCUCGUGGACUUAUCAUGGUCUCCAAGUGGAUAUUACGAACCACAGUGUAAAUGUUGAUUUAAGUAACUAUGUGGAAUCCGGAGAGUUUGAUUUGGUGAGGGUAUUCCAGAAACGUCGAAUUGUUAAGUAUACAUGUUGCCUGGAACCAUAUCCAGAUGUUACAUUUUACAUCCAUAUAAGACGGAAGACGCUUUAUUACUUAUACAAUGUUAUAUUUCCAUGCUUGAUGAUGUCCGUCUUAACACUUCUUGUAUUUAUUUUGCCACCCGAUUCGAACGAAAAAAUCACAUUGGGAAUUACAGUUCUUCUUGCAUUCUCGGUCUCUGUGCUAGCUAUAGCAGAAAAAAUGCCGGAAACCAGCGAUUCGAUACCUUUAAUUGGGAUCUAUCUGACCAUUAUUAUGCUUCUGACUAGUAUAUCUGUCAUUAUGACUGUCAUGGUGUUGAAUUUUCAUCAUCGUGGUCCAUUUGAUCGUCCAGUACCAGAAUGGGUUCAUAUCCUUGUGUUACAAAAACUACGACAUUUUCUAAAAGUGCAUUUACAAUAUCCAUCAGGCAAAAGAAAUGGCUUAUUUGUAUCGAAUGGUCAGCCACGCGAAAUAUGCUCACGAAAGAUCAUUGGUUUGAAAUCGCGUAAUCAAUUUGAAGAUCAAUUACUUUGGUUGCAAGAGACCGAAUUCAUCAGCGUUGAUAGAUAUUUAACAGCACGUAGAACCAAACGGAGUACCGAUUUGGAAUUUCGUCUUCACAAGUUAUUACAGACGUUUUUGAAACGUCAAGAAACGAACGAAUUAUAUCAAAUGUUGACGAGCGAAUGGCGUCAAGUAGCUCACGUAGUCGAUCGUUUACUAUUUUGGAUAUUUCUUAUAUGUACAGUAAUGAUAACUGUUAUUUUACUUGUUAUUAUACCAAUUAGGUAUCGUUCAUUUGAUGAGUCUCUCGAAGAAAAUUUUGAUUGGAACUUGUAA